GGCAGUCUGUUUUGCAGAGGGAAAGCUCUCAUCUGUAGCUGCAUUCGUUCUCAUGAGUGUCAUAGAUCAGCUAUAGGGAACCUGCUUUUUAAACUGUUCUAAUGAAAUGGGAUCUGAAAGGGACUUGCCAGUCUGGUAAUUGGUCAUGUAAGGAAGAAAGCCCAGGAACCUUGGGGUGAAGAAAGUGUGGGGCUGUAACUAUGUGGAAAAUGUGUUAUGGAAUUAUACAUCGUUCAUUCCUUGUUGUGUUCAAGUUUUUGCAGGGGAGAACGGAGAAAAUGUGUUGAAUGCAAUUGCCCAGCAGAAACAGCUCCAAGCUGGUGAAGAUGGAGAAUGGCACAGUGGAUGAACAGAACCAAACUGGGCUGCUGCCAAGCCAAGAAAUUAUCACUACUGAAUACCAAGUGGUUACCAUCCUCUUGGUCCUCUUCAUCUGUGGACUUGGCAUAGUGGGCAAUGUCAUGGUGGUUUUGGUAGUCCUCAAGACUAAACACAUGAGGACUCCUACUAACUGCUACCUGGUGAGUCUCGCUGUGGCUGAUCUCAUGGUGCUGAUGGCUGCAGGACUACCCAACAUUACUGAGAGCCUGUAUGGAUCUUGGGUCUAUGGUUAUGCAGGAUGCCUCUGCAUUACUUACCUCCAGUACCUAGGCAUCAAUGCUUCUUCUUGCUCCAUCACUGCUUUCACCAUUGAGAGAUACAUAGCCAUCUGCCACCCAAUCAAAGCCCAAUUCUUAUGUACUUUUUCAAGAGCCAAAAAGAUCAUUAUUUUUGUCUGGGCUUUCACCUCCGUAUACUGUAUGCUCUGGUUUUUCCUUCUAGAUCUCAACACUGUAGUCUACAAAGAUACCAUUGUUGUGUCCUGUGGCUACAAGGUGUCCAGAAGCUACUACUCCCCUAUAUAUAUGAUGGAUUUUGGUAUAUUUUAUGUUGUGCCAAUGAUACUGGCCACUGUCCUCUAUGGUCUGAUUGCAAGAAUAUUAUUCCUGAAUCCCAUCCCUUCAGAUCCAAAAGAAAAUUCUAAGACAUGGAGAAACAACUCAACUCACCAAAGCAAGAAUGUGAACUCCAAGACAACAAACAGGUGUUUCAAUAGCACUAUUGCUUCUAGAAGACAGGUUACCAAGAUGCUGGCUGUAGUUGUCAUACUCUUCGCCUUGUUAUGGAUGCCAUAUCGGACACUGGUUGUUGUAAACUCCUUUCUCUCCAAGCCUUUCCAAGAAAAUUGGUUCCUGUUAUUUUGUAGAAUCUGCAUUUAUCUAAAUAGUGCCAUCAAUCCUGUGAUUUACAAUCUCAUGUCCCAGAAAUUCAGAGCAGCCUUCAGGAAACUCUGCAACUGCCAGCAGAAACACUCAGAGAAACCUGCUAAUUACAGUGUGGCUCUAAACUAUAAUGCCAUAAAGGAGUCUGAGCACUUCAGCACUGAACUAGAAGACAUUACCAUCACCAACACCUACCUGUCUUCUGCAAAAAUGUCCUUCGAUGAUACAUGUUUGCCUUCUGAGGUCAUAUGAGAAUGAAGGAAGCUGUUUCUAUUUUCCACUUUGCUGCUCCUCUCAGUCUUACACCACUCCAGACCAGCCUGGUCUUAUUAAUAUUUCUGUUCACUAUUUACAACAACCUGUAUUAAAGCCAAAACUACUCACAGA